AGCUUUUGCUGACCCCUGAUACAUGAGCUGUGUUUUCUUAACACAAUUAUUGACAGUUUAAAUUUAAUGCUUGUAGCCGCAGUAAAUUCACAAUAUUAAUAUACAGAAAGCAAGAUGGCUCAUCGUCAGCGUAGUCGUCGUCGCCGUACUUGGAAAAAUUUGAACAGAUCCGUCUACAUUCCUUCCACUUCACCCUCACCACCUACUGUGAUAAUUAAGAGAUAUGUCACUUGCUCCGUCCAGACUGACAACGAACGCACAGUGUCACAAUCGAAGAAGAAACCGUUUGUUUUCCAUGAACUGGAGUCAGUUAAUAGAAUAACUAAUCUACCAAUAGUAGAGUCGGGAUGGAAUUAUGCGGGAAACAUUUACAGCAAAAUCAAGGGAUCCAACAGCCUCUUCUACUGGACCUUGGACCAAGCAGAGAGUUCAUUCCAAGUAGCUGUGGAAGUUGCCACGCCAGCCAUUGUUUUGUUUAAAGGACCUAUCUCUUCGAUAGACAAACUCGUCUGUAAGAGUUUGGAUAUAGUGGAGCAUAAUGUACCGUCCAUCAACUUACCGCCAGAAAUGAUAUAUUGGAAUACCAAGAAGUACGUGACCGACGUUAGCACCAAGAUCGCCCGUCCUGUCCUGAAGAGGGCAGAUUCCGUGAAGCAGAUUGGAAACACAGUUUUGGCCAGCAAGUAUACGGUGUUUGCAGCUAAAUCUUUAGAUGAGGCAUUGGAUGUUGCCGAUAAAUAUGUAGAUAAAUAUUUGCCAGGUUAUGACGAUCAAACUGUCGAUGAAGUCGACACUCCGAUUGAUGGUCCUACAGGAAAAGCCAUCCAUACGAUUCACCACGCAGAUCGUUUUUCCCGGAAGCUAACCAGGAGGCUAACCCAGAGAACCAUUGCUGAAGUCAAAGCUCUCAAACAUCACAGCGCAGAGGCGGUACACGUGCUGACAUACGUUGCAGAACUGAUUGCAACUGAUCCCGUUUUGGCUUACCAAAAAGGAAAAGAGUUGUGGGCAAGCCUCAGCAAGAACGAACCCGAAAACCAAGCCCGUCCUGAGAACUUGGAACAAUUGAUAGUUCUCCUUAUGAGGGAAUCAGCCAGGAGAGUGGUGCACUUAAUCAAUUAUUCCAGCACGGUGGUGAGCAAGGUGCCCAGGAAUGUUUCGUAUUCCGUUACAAAUAUGGUAAGGAAGAUCCUGAACGUGGCCGAUUCAAUGGUAAAGAAGGUGCAUUUGGAAGGAGUUCAGAGGAGUCUCGGCACCACCCUCAAAAAACAAGCUCGUCAGUAUAUGAUCCUGCUUAAGGAUUUAAACGUCUACCUGGGAGAGUACCUGGAACAAUUGGCUGACAAUUUAGCAACCCAGGAAACGCCAAAGUCCGCAUUAUCAGUGCCACAAAUCAACAUCCAGCAGUCACGGGCAACGCUGAGGAACGCGAAGAAAAACUCGAAUGGCGUCGAGAACAGCUCUUAAUUAUUAUUUAUAGAUACUACCUAGGUGCACCAAUUAUAUUUUUUAAUGCUAUACCUACUUCUUGUAACACCGUACACAUAUUUAACGACUGAUAUUUAAUUCCUUCAAUUAUGGGUAAAAUCUUAGAUCCAGGAAUAAAACUAAUAUAAAGUUAUUUCGUAAAUCAUUCUCAUAUUGCUUUGGCUUUUAGUGGCUGCAACAAAUCUGCGACAUUUAUUGCGACACUUGAUGUCUAGUACUUAUUAUACAUGUUGUAAAGUUUAAUAAAAAUUGUUAAUAUAAAUACAAUAAGAAACAGAUAUAAAAAAUGAUAAACAACACAUUCCUUUUUGGUAAAUUUAUUACUAGUGUAUGUCACUUUAAAUGUUCAUCAGUUGGGUAUAAAUUUAUUUCUGUUAAUAAAUAAUAAUAGUAAUUGAUAAAAAUAGAUAUCCUUCCCAAACGUUAAUCUAGGAUUUCUAUUGUUAUUGCUUGAUCAGAUGAGAGAUAAACAAAACUGUUGGAAAUUUGAAUGACUGUGGUUUAUCUAAUUGUAAGAUCCACAAACAUGUCGCAACUUUAUAUUAGUUAAUAUUUUUUAAUUGAAAUAUAUUUUGUUUCUUACGAAUUUUAAUAAAACGCUAUGUUUGGA